UAAGCAACGUUUGUUUACUUUCGCAAAAGUUAACAAUUUCUUAUAAAGUGAAAGGAUUGAAACGGAUUUAGCAGCGCUUGGAAGGCCAAUUGGGUGCAGGUGCAGGAGAAGCGCAUAACGUAGGCGAGAAGUUGUCGAAACUUCUUUGGUGUGUUUAUAUGCAAGACCGGAAAGGUUAAAGGGGAAUGCAAUAGAACGACGGCCACAAAUGCGGCACAAGACCAAGGACCAUUUUACCAACCACAACAACAGAAACAUCGACAAUAAAAGUGUGUGAACAACAAAGCAACAAAAACGACGACUACAACAGCAAUAGCAACAGCAACAACAUCUACAACAACGAGUCAUUGCUGCACACACAUUUGCCUACACAACGAAUUUGUAAAAUUCAUUACGAGGAAGUUGUGACCAUGUAGUUGUCCAACAGUAACUGCAACAAGAACGGGAACAGCAACAGCAAAACAAAAACAACAACAACAACAACAACAAACUCGAUGCCCUUAGACAAUCAAGCAACAACAAGAACAAGCACAAAGGCAGGCAGCCAACCUAAUAACACAAGCUUAUAUACGUAUUAGCCAACAACAAUUGAAUUUAAUAACUGCCGAUUUUUUUUUUUUGCUUUUUUUGAACUGACAAUAAGAAGCCACUGGCGCGGUCCAAUAAGCCUGGCAACUUAACUAACGAAUUAUAAAAAAUUUAUAACAACAAAGAACACGGAAUAACGAAUAAGACAAGAAGCAACCAUGGGCCGCAAAAUAACGGUCGCCAUAUCGACGCUGAACCAAUGGGCGCUCGAUUUUGAAGGCAAUCUUGCGCGAAUAUUGCAAUCCAUAUUGGAAGCCAAAGAUAUGGGCGCCUCAUAUCGCACUGGACCGGAGUUGGAGGUGUGUGGUUACAGUUGCGAGGAUCACUUUCGCGAACCGGACACAUAUUUGCACUCUUGGGAGACACUGCUCGAGAUAAUGAUGUCGCCCAUCUGCGAAAAUAUGCUGGUGGACGUGGGCAUGCCAGUGAUGCAUCGGAAUGUCGCCUACAAUUGUCGGGUGGCCUUCUACAAUCGCCAACUGCUGCUGAUACGCCCCAAGAUGGCGAUGUGCGACGAUGGAAACUAUCGAGAGUCGCGGUGGUUCACAGCCUGGACGAAGUCCCUGUACACAGAGGACUACGUGCUGCCACGGAUGAUUGCCCAGCAUACGGGCCAGGACACUGUGCCCUUUGGCGAUGCCGUGAUUGCCACCAAGGAUACGUGCAUUGGCUACGAGAUAUGCGAGGAACUGUGGAAUGUGCGCAGCAAGCAUAUAGAAAUGUCGCUGUCGGGCGUUGAGCUGAUCGUGAAUGGCUCGGGGAGUUACAUGGAAUUGCGUAAGGCCCAUAUUACCACCGAUUUGAUACGUAAUGCCAGCUUCAAGGCAGGCGGCGCCUACCUAUUCAGCAAUCUACGCGGCUGCGAUGGGCAACGGGUGUACUUCAAUGGGUGCUCGGCUAUCGCAUUGAAUGGCGAGAUCAUAGCACGCAGUCGUCAAUUUGCCUUACAGGAUGUGGAGGUGACGUUGGCCACCAUUGAUCUGGAGGAGAUACGCGCCUAUAGAGUAUCGCAGCGAUCGCGUUGUACGGUGGCUGCUUCGGCGCCCACUUAUCCGCGCAUUCAUUGCGACUUUGAAAUGUCCACACACAGUGAUAUUUUCAAAACAUCGACGCCUCCACUUCAGUGGGUGUAUCACACGCCCGAGGAGGAGAUUGCCUUGGGUCCGGCCUGUUGGCUGUGGGAUUAUUUGCGUCGCUCCGGCCAGGGCGGCUUCUUUUUGCCCCUGAGCGGUGGUGUGGACUCGAGCAGUUCUGCCACUAUUGUGCACAGCAUGUGCCGCCUGAUUGUGCAUGCCGUACAGCAUGGCGAUGCUCAGGUGCUGCAUGAUAUACGCAAGAUAUUGGCUGACACGGACUAUACGCCGGAUAAUGCCGCCGCCUUGUGCAAUCGUCUGCUCGUCACCUGCUUUAUGGGCAGCGUGAACUCCAGCAAGGAGACGCGUCGUCGUGCCUCGCAACUGGCCAAUCAGCUGGGCAGCUAUCACAUUGAGAUCAGCAUUGAUUUGGCUGUGAACGCGCUGCUCAGCAUCUUCAAUACGGUUACAGGCUUGACGCCAAGAUUCCGCACCCAGGGUGGUUGUGCGCGACAGAAUCUGGCAUUGCAGAACAUACAGUCGCGUAUUCGGAUGGUGCUGGCCUACAUUUUUGCGCAGCUCAUGUUGUGGGUACGCAAUCGACCCGGCGGCUUGCUGGUCCUCGGCUCGGCCAAUGUGGAUGAGUCGCUGCGUGGAUAUUUGACCAAAUACGAUUGUUCCUCAGCAGACAUUAAUCCCAUUGGCGGCAUUUCAAAGACGGAUCUGCGGCGUUUCCUAAACUAUGCCAAGGACAAGUACAAUGUGCCAGUGCUGGGUUCUAUAAUUGAAGCACCCCCCACCGCUGAGCUCGAGCCAUUGCAGGAGGAUGGCCAGCUAAUGCAGACGGACGAGCAGGACAUGGGCAUGACGUAUUCAGAGUUGAGCGAGUAUGGGCGUUUGCGUAAACAGGCUUUCUGUGGUCCCUACAGCAUGUUCUGCAAGCUGGUUGCCACAUGGAAGGGAGAUCUGAGUCCUAAAGAGGUGGCCGACAAGGUGAAGCAUUUCUUUCGCUGCUAUGCUAUCAAUCGACACAAGAUGACGGUGCUGACACCUUCGGUGCACGCUGAGAGCUACAGUCCGGACGACAAUCGCUUUGACCAUCGACCCUUCUUGUAUCGCGCCAAUUGGAGUUGGCAAUUCAAGGCCAUUGACGACGAGGUGGACAAGUUGCAGCCCAUCUACACGCCUUCCUCGUCGCAUAUGCGCCCCAGCAGCGAAGAUCUGCUGCUCUCGCACGAUGCCACCACCACCACCACCCAUCGUUCCUCGCAUCUGGACUCCAAGCACUCGUCACCCCUCUCUUCGGCCUCGUUGGGUGAUGUGGGCGUGAGCACCGCGGCCGUGGGAUUAGUAGAUACUGCUCCCCUGAUCGGCCCUGCGGCUAGUGGCAGCUUGGGCGCGCUGGGCAAGAAGAGCAGCGGCUACUCGAAGGUGCACGUGAAUGUGCUGGGCAAGAUCAAGGACCGUACCGGCAUCCCAGUCUAGAAUUGGUCUUGGCAAUGGAAGGACGUUGCAGUCUUCGUUAGCUGCUUGGUCUGCUAGUGUCUUAAAUAUUUUGCACACUGUUCAUUUUUUUUUACACAUUUACAGUUGUAGGUAAUAGAUAUAUACAUAUAUAGGAUGUAGGUGUGAGCGGCACCUUACAAAUAAUUCAUUAAUGUGCCCAGUUUAACGAAAAAGUUGCUAGUCAUGCCUCUGUUCUACUACUCUUCAGAAAGUAGCACGAAAAAAAUGUCACGAAAAUAAUAACAAUUGGGUAUAGCCUGCGCCACCUUUGGCCUUAAUUGACUAACUAAACGAACUAUAGGUAAUAGCUUUCCUUAUGAUGAUACAUAUUCAGCAAUUAGUGCUAAAUCUGUGCUUCGUACAGUAGAUAUAGGUUCUAUAUAGAGCCUUAUUACUAAAUCGCCAUAUACAAUGCAUGCAAGGAAUUAAAAAUAAAUCCGUUUAGAUGUAGGUUGAAAAGUUUUCAUCUGAAUUCAAUUCAAUUUUAAAAGCAUAUUAAUUAAAUAAAUUUUAUCAAGUUACGCUUGACUACUUCUACUUUGCCUUUAUUCAAUCAUUUCACAAUCUUUUUCAAAUUGUUUAAAUGUUUAAACAUCCGAUAAUUCGAACCCAAGCAGAAUAUGCAAUAUGUCCCGCUUAAUUAUUUUCUUUCUUCUUCUAAAUCUUUGGAGAAUCUUUUCAAACUGAAUUGACAUAUGCAAGCCUUCUUUACUUGACGCAUUGAGAAGCGCGGCAUCCAUUUAUUUGUAUUGCAGGAUUGUUACUGUUUCUGUAAAGAAACUUGCUUCGAUUCCCCUGAGCUGUGUCGUCUGUUUGUAAAGCAAUCAUUUCUAGUUUCCAGAUGCGAGUUUCCCGACGUUUGUCGACCUCAUCAUACCACAGUCAAUUAUUAAUCAGCAAAUAUUUGUGCACGUUUCGAAACUGCAAAUUAUUGUUAUCAGUGUCUGUAAGCUUUCGCAUAUAGCCCAUAUUUACUGUACAGUUGAGCGCCUCAACACGCGUUUCUGCCCCACACGCACAGAUUGUUGAUUCUAAUAAUCUAAUCGUAGGCCACUAAGAAAAGAGCACUAAUUGUCGAAUACACAGCGACAAAAAUGCCUCGCAAAAUACUGAAAGUAAUGAUAAAAAAUAUGAUAUGUAUAUUGAGAUCAGUUCAGCAAAUAGUUGCCCGAGCUCGAUAGAUGUUGGAUAACUAAAAUGUAGUUGGUUUCCUCUAAACUCCACCAAAUAUAGGAAAAUCAAUAUUCGUAGAUAUGUUGUUUGUUUGCGAGACAUUUUUUUUUUAAAUUUCGCGUCUUUCUUAUUUGUGCACCUGCCGGGGGUAUAAAUAAUACACCCUAUAUAGUAGCUAACAUCAAUUUGUAUCUAUAUAUUUAUAUUUAUGUAUUUGCCUUCAAUGCGAAAUGUUUCCUUAUGACAUCAAAUCAAAUUUUCCAAAAUGUUAAUCAUACUAAACUAGUUAGUCUAAACAAUUUUUUAAUGGAUUUGGCAUUGUAAACUGUUGUUAUUUUUAUUCUUGUUACUCCCAACUAUUCUCUUUAUGGGCAUAGCAAAAAAUGUGUAGUCAUAAUCAUUUUUAAAAUGUACACGCAUGUAGAGAAAAAAAACGAACAAAAAAAUAUAUAUAUGAGAACUUUUGUAGUUUGAUAUUGCACAUCAAAAAUG